GGUCCUACAGAUAAGCAGUUGCAAGCAACUUGACUGGAGGCUACCACCAGGUAAAACAUGACCUUUUCUACCUGGUUCAAACGGAAACAAAACAAUUGCUGUUUUACUUAUUCACUCCCUCGAAGAAGCUAAACAUCACAUUGUAUCCACUUUCCCGAAAUCACACCAACGAACGCAAGAACCUGCCUAUGUCUGGUUCUCGUCCGAUGUGAUUUAAAUAACUGGAAAACCUUGCACACACUAGGACUGUUUAUUUCCUUUUUCAGUUUGCUCCCAUUUCCGAUCAGUAAUCAAGCCUCCUCCUCAUUAAUUAACAACAAUGUUUACCUCAAAGUUUCUUACAGCCCAUGAGAAUGUCAACGACUGUAUGUCAUGUCCUGAAUAAGAAAGAUGCGGGUGGCAAGUGCAAACCACUCGAAAUAAAGAUUGGGUACAUUAGUUUUGUAGGCCAGCAGGUCACUCAGGGGAUUUAAGGGGGAGGGCACUUUUAGGGGGAGAAGUGGAGUAAAGAUGCAGGGGAGGGAAUGGUGUCUUCUUCAAAACUUAAUUUUAAAAAAAAGACGGGUGGGUGAGAAAAUGGGUUAAAGGUUAAAGUGUCGAGAGCAUUCCUGCGUGUGCGUGGGAAGAGGCUGAUCGUGGGAUGGGAGGGGGAUACGAUGGGUGUGCGCAUGUCAUAAACGUCAUGAUAUGAGACUGUGAGGACUAUUUAAUGAAAGUUAUAUCCAUCCUCGCACAGACAACCGGGGUAGCUCUACACAGACUUUGAAACAUCUAAUGGCAUCACAUGCUGACCAAGAUCGUAAGGUUUGGAUGACCCCAGCUCUUGUUACAUGACAUCCUAAGCCUGGAGAUGAUCUUCUCUAAGCUUCCGCGACAUGGUCAGUGAGUAGCGUUGAGUGUAGCAACGAUUCCCUGGUCAGAGAGAGUCAGCAAGCAGCAGAUACUUCAUCCGAUAGAACUGUUCCUGCUCAGAGAGUCAGCUACCCACCAUGUCUGGUCAUUUGCCGUCUGCUUCACAACAGAAAAGAUACCUGAAUGGUUGUCCUGUACCUUGUGGACGAUCGGCACGAAGUCAGAAAUGUCAUCAUGCAGGUGAAAUAUACUAUCACUGUGUCACAGUAGCACAAGCUGCUCUACUCGCCAGUCCAGGAAUGCAGCCUACAUUUCAAGAAAUCAAGCAGAAGACAGGUGCUCAUGUACAACUUGACCAUGAUCAGUCAGCCGUACAAAACACAAGAGCAGUCCUCAUCCGCGGCUCUCGUCCCCAGAUCGAUGCAGCAGUCGAGUUCAUCAAUCAAAAGACAGGCGCUCAGGGACCACUGCCAGACCAGGCCAGACAUUCUGGCUCCAGUGGGUGGAGGCCGCGUUCCCUGAUCUCGACUCACGCGCCUACUUCCUGCCUCCUGUCUACUUCAACCGCGUGCCAUGUCAGACAGUCGGCUGGUGGUCAGGAUGUUCUGGUCCUUCAGUCAGCACCUGGACAGGCCGGUCAGUCCAGGACGUUGCCUGCUGUUGCGCAGGUUUCCAUUCCCCCCGUUUAUGACAGUGAUGUCCGAGACGACGCAGCCAUGCAGCGGAUUCUGUUUUGUCUGCAGAAAAUGUCGGAACAGAAGGGGGAAGUUUUGGUUGGACUGAGUCAGCUUCAGUUCGGACAGUACCUGGGGGAACCUUGUUAUGCUGCAGCGGCUGCACAGUUCCCCAUACCCGCCAACCUUCCUGAAGCUUUGCCUCGGAACUGGAAACGAGGAGAAUUUGAUGUGCUUCUUAUUCACAGACAUUACGGUUUUGUCGUCUGUGAAGUCAAGGCUUUUGGUGAUAACCUCAACCAGCUGAACAUGUCGCAAGAGUCUUCAGACAGUAAUAUACGAAAGAAACUAAAAGAUGCUGUAACACAGCUGGACAAGGCGGAGGCCAUGUUGUCUCACCUGGUCUCUGACAUCGCUCCUGGUCUGCGCAUCACUAAGACCAUUGCGGUUCCGAACCUCACAACUUCUCAGGUACAACAGGCCGUCUCUCACGACCCGCAAUUAUCUGAGGACCUGUGUCGAUGUCUGGGAACAACAGACCCCGCCAUCACUGAUCUGUGUCUGUGCUAUCACCAAUCUAUUCAAAAAUAG